AGAGUAAACGUUUUAAUUGUUUCCUAUGCAAGGAUGGCACAGAAGAAGUAUCUUGCUGCAAAGCUGAAAAACUACUUAAGGGAAGACAAGAUUCAGCUCUGGAAACCUCCCUAUACAGACAGCAAUAAAGAGGCUGGUGAGGAGCUGAAGGAUCUGGCACGGCAGUAUUCAGCGAGGCUGAAGUAUAACGCCAAUGAAAUAGAGGCCCUUCUGGAGGAAAUACGCUGCAAAACGAUCGAGCGGGGAACCGGAAAUGAAGCUUAUAAGGCAACAGGUGUUGCAACGCUUGAAGUGGCCCUACCUCCCAGGAUGGGUAAAGCAAGAAAAGGUGUGCUGGAGACAAAACUGAUCAUCACAGGCAAGGAGCUCCGAUCUCAAAUAGCACAGGCAUAUGGCUUGGAAGAAAACUGCAUCAAAAUAAUUAUAAAUAAGAAGCAACUUGAGCUAGGGAAGACAUUGGAAGAGCAAGGAGUAACACACAACGUCAAAGUCAUGGUGCUGGAGCUGAAACUGAGCGAGGAGGAGACCAGAAGAAAAGUCCGAGAGGAGGAAAUGCAGCAUGAGGAAGAGACGGUGAAGAAAAAAGAAAUGCACAAGAAGAUGCAAAGAACCAAGAAGGGCCUAGAAAUACUGGCAAAAAGAGAGGACUCUUUGGAUCCAGAUACGAUGCCUUACCUAGAUAUAGCAAACCAAACUGGCAGAAAAAUCAGUAUUCCACGACAAGCCAAAAAAGCUCUCUUGUUAGCUAUGGGGUACCACGAAAAAGGCAGGGCUUUGUUGAAGAUGAAAGAAUACGCCGUGGCACUGCCGUUUCUGUUGGAUGCAGACAAACACUUCUGCGAAUGUGGUUCUGACCUCUUGACCACCGUCGAUAAUUACGCAGUGCUGCAGCUGGACGUUGUUUGGUGCUACUUCCACCUGGGACAGCUGGAUUGCCUCGACGAUGCUGAGAAAAAGCUCCUGGCUGCCCACGAUUGCUUCCGGGCGUGUUACGGGGAGAACCACGAAAGGCUGGUCACUAUAAAAGGAAGUUCUGGGAGAGAGAAGGCCUUAUUUCUAAGGCUUUACCUGCUUCAAGGAAUAAGCCAUUAUCAUAACGGCAGAGAAAAAGAGGCUGCUGAGUAUCUACAGAAGGCACAUGGUUUGUUUCAGGAGUUGUGCAUAGAUCCCGAGAAAGUCAGCAGCCUGCUUCUCCUGGGAUUCUCUGCCCAGGAAGCUCGCCUGGGUCUCCGCGCUUGUGAUGGAAACGUGGAUCGCGCUGCCAGUCUCAUUUCCAACCAGAGAGAGGAGAAGGAGCAAAUACGGCGAGAGGAGCGAGCAAAACGGAGGAAGCGAUUAGAGGACAUCAACUACUUGAAAAGUAUGGGCUAUUCCGAGCGAGCGGCUAGAGAAGCUCUUCACCAGGCGAAAGGGAACCUUGAGCUAGCGGUGAAGGUCAUGCUCGAUAACCCCCAGCUGCUCCUCCCGGAGGACAACGGCCCACUGCUGGGGAACCCCUUCGAAGUUUCUCAGGAAAGCAUUAACCAAUUGGUGUAUAUGGGCUUUACCGCAGAGGCGGCUGAGCAGGCCUUGAGGGCGUUCCAAGGCAACGUGCAGCUGGCCGUCCAAACGCUGGCGCACUAUGGAGGCUCCCUCCCUGACGACCUGCAGCCCUCUUCCGAGAGCACCUCUCCUUCGGGCGAAUCCAGCUCUUCCCAGGAAUCUUCCACGGGCUCUGCAGGGGCUUCUGGGGCUUCAGCAGAUGAAGACAUGGAAGCAGAUGCCCUCAAUGAAGUCUUAAAGGACAUUCCAGAACACGAGGAAGAUUAUUUGGAUCUCACGCUGGAGGAGGAAGAAACUGUCAUUAACGAAUACCUCUCUUACCUACAGCACUUGCCAGCUGAGCCCAAGUAGUCAAGGCUCUUGGACUCCAGUUGGCAGUUACAUCGAACUCUGUUUUUUGGGCUCCAACCCACAGAAAAUCAGAUGCAGUCAAAUCUCACUGAAAUCCACGGGGCGAUUCAGUCUGUACCACCGUGAGAAGUCUCAUUCAUUUCAGAGAGAUUUCUGCACAGCGAAUUUUGUCUGGGCUGGUUCCUUGGGUUGUGGACACACCCCUAAGCCACGCUUUUGCCAAAUGCCUUAAGCUCAAUAAGUUGCAUCAAUGCCGGUAUCCGUAUAAACCUGUGUCAUUAUUUGAUUGCCGUGUAGAAAGCACUGGAGGGCAAAAUCAGUUACAGAAGAAGAAACAUUUACAGAAGAAAUAUUUUAUAGAGAGAUUCACUAUAUAUAUAUAUAUAUAUAUAUAGGUGUAAAAUCAAUCUAUUUAAUUGGUAGAGCAAAUAAAACCCUUUCCAUCUG